CUGUCCCAGUUGUCCUGCACGGGAACAACCUGCUGGUGUUCGGGGGCACCGGGAUCCCCUUCGGGGAGAGCAACGGCAACGACGUCCACGUCUGCAACGUCAAGUACAAGAGGUGGGCCCUGCUCAGCUGCAGGGGCAAGAAACCCAACAGGAUCUAUGGACAGGCCAUGGCCAUCAUCAACGGGUGCCUCUACGUGUUCGGCGGCACCACCGGCUACAUCUACAGCACCGACCUGCACCGGCUGGACCUCACCACGCGCGAGUGGGUGCAGCUCAAACCCAACAGCCUGUCCUGCGACAUGCCCGAGGAGAGGUACCGACACGAGAUGGCCCACGACGGGCAGAGGAUUUACAUCUUGGGAGGGGGCACGUCCUGGACAGCCUAUUCCUUGGACAAGGUGAGCCAGGGCCGGCCCCAGCUCCAGGGCACUCCAGAAAUCCCAGGGGG